AUGACUGCUUCUAUCAAGGUCCAACCAGAUAUUGACUCGCUAAAGCAAUUACAACAGCAAAAUGACGAUAGUUCUAUAAAUAUGUACCCCGUGUACGCAUAUUUGCCAUCAUUGGAUCUAACUCCUCACGUGGCGUAUCUGAAAUUGGCGCAAUUGAAUAAUCCUGAGAGAAAGGAAUCAUUUCUUUUGGAAAGUGCUAAGACUAAUAAUGAAUUGGAUCGCUAUUCAUUCAUCGGCAUCUCACCACGUAAAAUCAUUAAAACCGGUCCCACUGAAGGUAUCGAAACUGACCCUUUGGAAAUUCUGGAAAAGGAGAUUUCUACCUUUAAAGUAGCUGAAAAUGUUCCUGGUUUACCUAAGCUAAGUGGCGGUGCUAUUGGUUAUAUCUCCUAUGAUUGUGUUCGUUAUUUCGAGCCAAAAACGAGAAGGCCCUUGAAAGAUGUUUUGAAACUUCCAGAGGCAUAUUUGAUGCUCUGUGAUACCAUUAUUGCCUUUGACAACGUUUUUCAAAGAUUUCAAAUCAUUCAUAACAUUAAUACUAAUGAAACUUCGUUGGAGGAAGGUUACGAAGCUGCAGCACAAAUAAUCACGGACAUCGUAUUAAAACUAACCGACGAUUCUUCACCAAUACCAUACCCAGAACAACCUGCAAUUAAAUUGAAUCAAACUUUCCAAUCGAAUGUGGGUAAGGAAGGCUACGAAAAUCAUGUCUCCACUUUAAAGAAGCAUAUUAAAAAAGGUGAUAUUAUUCAAGCUGUGCCAUCACAAAGAGUGGCAAGACCAACUUCGUUGCAUCCUUUCAAUAUUUACAGACAUUUGCGUACUGUGAACCCAUCUCCUUACUUGUUUUAUAUUGAUUGUUUGGACUUCCAAAUCAUUGGUGCAUCUCCGGAAUUGUUAUGCAAAUCAGAUUCCAAAAAUAGAGUUAUUACCCACCCAAUUGCUGGUACUGUCAAACGUGGUGCUACUACUGAAGAGGAUGAUGCUUUGGCAGAUCAAUUGCGUGGCUCGUUGAAGGACCGUGCUGAACAUGUCAUGCUGGUAGAUUUAGCAAGAAACGAUAUUAACAGAAUCUGCGAUCCGUUAACAACAAGUGUCGAUAAAUUGUUAACUAUUCAAAAAUUUUCCCACGUUCAACAUCUGGUUUCUCAAGUCAGCGGUACUCUGCGUCCAGAAAAGACAAGAUUUGAUGCAUUUAGAUCGAUUUUCCCAGCAGGCACUGUUAGCGGUGCUCCAAAGGUUAGAGCCAUGGAAUUGAUUGCUGAAUUAGAAGGCGAAAGGCGUGGUGUUUACGCGGGUGCCGUUGGUCAUUGGUCAUAUGAUGGUAAAACAAUGGAUAACUGUAUCGCUUUAAGGACUAUGGUUUAUAAAGAUGGCAUUGCUUAUUUACAAGCCGGUGGUGGUAUUGUUUACGACUCAGAUGAGUACGAUGAAUACAUCGAAACUAUGAACAAGAUGAUGGCUAACCACAGUACCAUUGUCCAAGCAGAAGAAUUGUGGGCCGAUAUCGUGGGAUCAGCUUAG